AUGGGGGAGACCUCACCCUUGCGCAAGGCUGACCUCCUCCGUACCAUGCCGGACGACCACGCCGAGAUCGAUGACCUCGAGAGGGGGGAGCCUCCUGUGAUCCCGACGAGGGGCGGGUUGGCAUUGGUUUCUCGAGAUGACGCUCCUGUUCUGACGCCGCCUGGGGCUGCUUCUGACCCGUCUGCUGAUCCUUCCUCUACCCCUGGAGCCCGUGCGCCCGCGCCCCAGGCUGGGAGGCUCUCGGGCUUCAAGCUUAGCAAGAGGAGGGUGGACUACACCACGGUGGACCAGCCGAUGCCUGCGGCGAAGAAGAGGAAGGAGGGGCUGGUGGUGCUGCUCGGGACCAGCCUGCCUGCUCCGGCUGCGUCUCCCUCCGUGGAGAAAGGCAGUGUUGAAGAAGCCCGUAGCCGCAAGGCGGAGGAGGAGAAGAUGAAGGCUCGGGAAGAUGCCAUCAAGGGUCGCGACACCGAGCUGGAGCAGUCGGCGGAGGCAUAG